UCUACCUACAAGACAACACAUACACUAAAUGUUUCCUAACAACAAGUAACAAUUAAUUGUACAUUUAUUUUAUUUAAGGGAACACAAACUCUAUUUUUGUAACAUGCUGUAUUAGUAGUGCUCCGUGGAAUUUGUACGAUAGUAAAAAACUGGUGCGUGGCCACGCGCGAUACAACGGACGAACACGACGACGGAAAGUAUGAAAAGAUAGGAGAAGGUUUCGCGAUUGUCGGAAGAGCAAGUGCGAACGAGCCAAAAGGAAGAAGAAGAAAGAAAAAAAAAGGGAGACGGUGAUCGUGAGGAGGCGCAAGACGAGGAUCCGUGGAUCAAGAGGACAUCGAGACGAAACGAGCAGGACAACGACAAAGGGGACAAUCUCGAGGAAGACGGUAGGCGAGGUGGAUAAGGACGAUCGUACCGCAACAGUGGCCGCCACUGAGGCUGAAAACGACAGCGAAGUAGGUGAUAAUCUCGCGGUAGUCUCUGUUCGUUGACUCGGCUCGGUGCUGUUAGCCGAUUCUCCGCGGUGUGGUGCGUGUUUCGAUAUACAAAACGAGCUACGACGUGGAGAGAAAAGUGUACGACGACCGAUAGCAGUGAAGUGUACGGAGCCGACACACCCUCUUGACACUCCGACAUUCGUCUCGUAUCGCCAUCGGUUUACCUCUCUACCCCCUUCUUUCCUAAUCAUUUCUCGCUCCUUCGUUCGGCUACAUUUACGUAGUACACCGCGUGUACGUUCGGCCACUGCAACGGAAAGCCGCACACCACGUUCCUCUUUCUUUCUUCUUCGCUCUUCCUCCCGUCUCAACCCCUCGUCUCCUUCUCCCCUCUCUAUCUCUUUCUUUCCGUGCAAAGUGAUUUAUCGUUACGCUUGUCGCAUCGGAUUUCGUCGGUGUUAAAACCAUACCGAGCCGGCUAUCGCGUCCAUAACCAUACGUACCGUGCUUCGUCCUAGCUCUACCCUCCCCCGGCAACCCCCCUCAAGCGUCUCACCCACACCUAUAUCUCUCUUUUUCUGCCUCCGCUCCCGCACCCCGGUUUAUCGGCCGAUCCGAGUGCAAAUUCGUUCGUGACCGUGCUGUGCGAGUUUUGCAUCGACGAAAACGCGGGGUGACGCCGCUCUCUUGGCAACGCCAGACCGAAAACCGUCGACGACUACGAACAGAGAGAGGAGGGACACGCUCAGCCGUAGCAAUUGAAACGACCACGGCACGGUAUCGUUUCGAGCAGGCGCCACGAGCGAUAACACCGCUAACAUGUCCGUGAGAAUGGAAAACGUAGCCGCGCCGAGGAAAAUGAACUAUAAGAUGAUGUAUGGUGGACAACGGGUGCCUACAGCCUCUUCUCCAGCUAACACUAAUAGUAGUUCUAGCAGUGCUACUGGCAGUCAAAGCGGGACAAUGAGCACGAGUCUUAGCAAUAAUGCUAUACAAGGACAACAAGCAGAACAACUAUCAAAAACAAAUUUGUAUAUCCGUGGCCUCAACCAAAACACUACCGAUAAAGACCUUGUUAACAUGUGUUCUCAAUAUGGAACUAUUACUUCUACGAAGGCAAUUUUGGAUAAAAAUACGAAUAAAUGUAAAGGUUAUGGAUUUGUAGACUUUGAGUCACCAGUGGCGGCAGAGGGUGCUGUGAAAGCACUGGUCGCCAAGGGCAUCCAAGCACAGAUGGCGAAAGUGGGUAUCUGGUUGCUCCGUAGACUGCCCAGUGUACGUUGGUUGUGCAUGCAACAACAGGAGCAAGACCCCACCAAUUUGUAUAUUGCAAACCUUCCAUUGAGCUUCAAAGAAAAUGAUGUUGAGGGUUUACUCGCUCAGUAUGGGCAAGUUAUUUCAACGCGUAUAUUACGCGAUACUGCUGGACAAAGUAAAGGUGUUGGAUUUGCAAGAAUGGAGUCCAAAGAAAAAUGUGAACAAAUAAUUCAAAUGUUUAAUGGAAAGGCACUACAAGGGGCUAAAGACCCUCUAUUGGUGAAAUUUGCUGAUGGUGGUAACAAGAAAAAAUCAUUAUACAAAAGUACAAUAUGGAGAGAAACUGGAGAGAACAUGACUCUGAAUUACGAUACAAGCGGUGUUGGUCAAAAUGGGGUUGCAACCACUCACAUGCUACCCACAGCCACUUUAGCACAAUAUGGUCGUCAUUACGGCCAAGCUUUGCCUGGUUACAGCGUACCAGGAGCACCUUGGGUUACUCCUUAUUUGGUGCAAACUGGCCCUCCACAUAUGCAACAGGUCGACAUGAUGCCAUCAGCUGAUCCUAGCAACCCACAAUACAGUAUGAUUCCUCAGCUUACUACACAAAUGUCUACACUGCAUCUUGGCACUGGUUCCUACAUAGCAGCAAGCCCGCAUCCCUAUCCUUAUACUACUUACCCUCCUAGCAUUAUUCAUACCAUGCCAUUGGGUGAUUCUGAACAAACAAGUAACGCAGCAUCUCCUGAUGACUCCUAUCAACAAUACCAAGCUCAGCAGCCCAAGUAGGCUACGGUUUUUAGAUACGAUUACACCGAGGGUUACGUAAGUUAGGAGAGCCACACCUGUUGAUACGAAGGAUUAUAUUAAUGAAGAAUAGAUGAGACUAAAUACAUUAUAUAAAGUCAGAUAAGAUUCUUCCUCAUGAUAAUUGACUUGCCAGCCAUCUUUUAUACAUUUUAUCCAUCAGAUAAAAAUAGGUGAAAGUAGUUAAUAUUUUCCAACGAUUAGAGAAUGAAUGUUGUCAUAAGACGGGGUACGAGUGCUCGUGUCAUUUACAUUUGUUCGGCACCAGCACGGCUCCAUACGCUGUAACGUCAACACAUCAUUACGACAGUGACAAGAAACUGAUACUCUACGACGGACAGUUUAGUGUCAAGCUGAUAGGCUUCCAGGAUUAACUUUAGGUAUUACAUUUACUAAGGAAAUGAUAAGUCGAAGCUGAACGCUUGAGAGUGUGAAUAAAUAUUUUAACAAAAACUGUAAACUAUAAAAGAAACGCUGCUCAGAAAUAUACAAAGGAGAAUUCUUCCCAAGAAAUAAUAAUAAUAAUAAUAAUAUACAGAGGAAAAAGAAAGCACUUCCAAUGCUAGAGUUGAUAAAAAAAGAACAUUCAGAUUUUGUUAAUUGCGUAAUCAGUACCUACCGGACUUUUGUGCCAGCUGGCUGGCCGGUGGCUGGGCUGAGAAAGAAGAGAUAUCGCUCGGUAUUUUUUUUACAAAAAUACCGAAAACAAGAAACUCUUCCUUGACAGCGCACACCACCCCAUCCGCUAACUGCACUCUCAUCACAUUAUUUCUUUUUGUUUUCUUCUGUUUCGUUCAGACAUUCCAAGCCAGGCACAUAUAUUGUAUGUAUGUAUUGCCACGCGGAGAUUUUUAUCUACUUUUACAAGUACAGUUCGCGUUCUCUUUUUAAUCACGGACGACUAUAUUUUAUGAACGAAAAAGAAGCGAAGAAGAUUUUAAAAGAAAACUAAUAAAAAAGAGUAAUAAGAAGCUUUAUUUCUAAAAGAAAAAAUACUUCAGGAUAUAUGUAAUUAUUGUAACAAGAAGGAAAGGAACAUAGUACUUUUUAGAGGAUUUAUAUUUAUGAGUACAGUUAUUAACGAAUCGAUAUCAGUUUUAAUUGUACAGUAAAUACAGAUAUUUUUUUUAGAAUUGUGCCUUUUCAGACAAAUCCGCUAGACAAGGGAUAUGCUGAAAAAUAUUAUAAUAUAUUUUUACGUCGGUAUGUAAAUGCGAAACUUGAGCCAAAUUUUGAUCUUCUAGUUAAGAAAAUAUAAUUGUUCUUGCGUUGUAGCCAGUUAAAUAUCAAUGCGUUUGUUUUUUGGUUACAAAUUCGAAUAGAUUUUGUAUGUGUAUAGUUGCCACUAACGGGAUUGACGGAUCGGAAAACACCGUACGAUCCGUGCGGAAAGAGUUAUAGGAACAAAAAAAAAAAAAAAGAGAAGAAGAAGAAAAGAAAAUCAAACGGCGGCGGAUCAUUGUAAACCAAGAUAAUUCACACCGCCCGGGAAAAAAGAGAGACAGAGAGAAUAGGCUUGUUACAACGGGAUACGAUAGAUAGAGUGUAAAUUAAUUUAUUAUAUCGAACGAACGAGUAAAAAAACGUGUUACAAAAUGAACGAAGAUAAAAUAGGACUGGAGGAAGAACGAUAGGCGAGAGGAUCGAACGUGAGGAAACAAAAAGAAACUUAUAAUAAGAGAAUUUGAAGGAAAUUUUCUAUCUACGCGAUGUCUCGAAUGAAAAGAAAAGAAACACUCCUCCUCUACUGCGUUCCUCUAAGCCCGUUUUUUACAUCCGGUACACAGUUUUCACGUUGUCUGACUUAGAUCGAGUCGAGGAAAGAUUAGCAGAAAGCUUUCUACCAAAUAUUGCGAGCUCCGGGCUCGAAGUGGCGGGCAGGUAGUUAGAUAGAGUUAGAGGCGAAUCGUAGCUAUUAUUAUAAUAUUACAAUAAUACGCUGUAUUAUUAUAAUUAACGAUUACUAUUAUUGACGUCAUCUAAAGUAUGAAAGAUUUUUACACUGUUGAGACUUGAAGUAAAUAAUAUAUUUAGUUUAUUUUGGUACAUCACGAUUUGAUGACAAGAGAUAAAAGAUGAAAAAAAAUGGUAUGAGCUAUUUUUUAAGAGACCGAUUAUUACUCGAUUUGAGUCCAUGCAUUGAGAGGGGAGAGAAAAAGAAAAAAUGAGAGAGCAAGGGAACGAACGAACGAAAGAAAGGGGGAGAACCUAUUUGCGAGCGUGUAAAAUUUGUUGCACAAGCGAGAGAUUGUCACCACGACUGACAACAAAAAAAAAAAUCACAUGUGAUUAAAUAGUGAAUUUUGAAGAAUUUUACUAAUAGACUUGUACUAAAUAACUAAUUAAUUAUUGUGACGACCAAAACAAAGAGCAGCAUUUUAGUGCUGGCCGAGGCGGAAGAACAAUGAGGUUCGAACGCUAAGCUCCCGCAGAUACGGAGCCGCACUGGAGAGCGGGCAGAGAGGAGAAAUAGAGAGAAAGAGGUGAUAAACACAGAGUGUAAGGGACAACGAGCGAAAGGAACGAAGGGAAAACAAAGUAAAAGAUGAAUGUGAAAUAAGAAUGAAAGCAUUACAGAAGGUUAGAGUGAGCGAGAUAUAGAAAGUAGAGGGAGAAAGAGAGGAAGAAUGAAAAUGUAAGAACGAGUGCGUCGUAAUCUCUAUUGUAUAGAAUUUGCGAAGGAGGACACUGCGAGAUGUUGUGUAGUUAGUGUUGACUAUGAACAUAGGUUAGGCACCAUUUUGGAUAGGAAGUAAUCAAUUAAGUGAUUAAGUUUAGGUAGAUAGUUAGCUGAUAGUUAGGAUUAUAUAACUGCCUCAUCUUGUUAAAGAAGAAAAAAAAAAGGAAACACACAAAGACGAGGCACCGUUCAGCCUAUGCACCUCGUACCCGUCAAGACUGACUGGCUAUUCAUAUUAAUAAAUAUAUAUUAUUCUACAACAUAUUAUCUACUGUAAUAUAAAUAGUAAGGACUGCUUGCUGCGCACCGCGGGUCGGGUGCUUGGGCUGGCCGGGCAAAAUGUAUUUACGAAAAUCAACUUUUUUUUGGAAGCUCGUUUCCAAAAAAAAAAAAACAAUGCUGCUUUCCGUAAGCUUUCUCUAGGAUUCUCUAGCGUAGCCUCUUUUUAGAUUAGAUUUAAAACUAGUAGUACGUAGGCUGAUUGUAGAGAAGAUGAGAAUAAAUUGAAAAAAAAAUCGUA